AGUCGUUCGUGGGGAGUGUCAAUGCUGCUUUGGACGGCGCUUCUGCUGUUGUUCUGUUUAAGCGCUGAAUAUUUGGGCAGUUUAGAAGACGUCAACCCAUGAUCAAACAUGGAUGGAAAUCCGUUCCGUGUGCGAGGGCGAGCCGAUCACAACGGCGGUCAAGACAGACGAUUCAACGGCCAAGGUAAUCGACACGAUGCAGAUAAUCCUGAUCGUAACCGCAGACAGGACAAUGGGCGUGGUCAAGGAAGAGGACAAGGGCGUGGUCAAGGGCGUGGUCAAGGAAGAGGACAAGGCUAUGCGAGAAAUGAUCAUCACAACCAACUUGGUCGCCCAGACGGUCCACCACGACAGCAAACCAAUCAGAGAGAACGCCCCUCGAGACCUCCAGGGUUUAAGAAGCUUGAAUCUUUGCUGUCAGUCGAUCCCGCAGUGGUAGUACAAGAGUUGAAUUCAUUUGGUAAAGGGUUCGAGAGUUUACUGAACGAACGGGCGAUACGUCGUGACAUGAUGGCUCUACUCAUCGAGGUGCUGGGUAAAGUAUGCGAUUGUACUACCUCACCACAGUCUGUCAUUAGGGUCCUGACUAUUGUAGUUGACGUUGACUUUCUAUCCCGAAACCUCACCAAAUACAUCUAUAGCAUGAUGACUGAAUAUGACCCCAGGUUCUUAGCUAAAACAUCAGAUCAGAUCAACUUGAUACUGAAGCUGAUGAAAUCUCUUGUGCAGCGAGUCAAGACUAGCAUCAAAGACGUACAGGUUGUGCUGACCGUCAUUGAGGCAGUUGCAAAGGGUCUAGGAAUGAGAGGGUUCCCUUUGAGCGAAGAUGCUGAAGUAUUGCUAGUGGAGCUGCAGGCAUUGUCAGCGCAGAUUCAAGAAGAACUUGCCCUGAAGAACACACGUCAAAGAAGAGGACAAGAAGGCCCACCGCCAAAUGACUUCAGGGAGAUCCCAAUUUUCCCAAGUAUUGAGGAAAUCAACACCAAUGCUGAGCCAUACUUGAGACAUAAUGUGGUGAAAGGACGAUACGAGGAUCUUAACCAUUACCUAGAUGUUCAGUUCCGUCUGUUGCGACAGGACUUCCUGGAGCCUUUGAGGCUCGGGAUCGCUCAGUAUCUACUUCUUCAGGAUGAGAAUGGAAAGAAGAGCAAGGUGAAAGACAUUCGAAUUUACCAUGACGUGAGGGUUCACUUUCCUAUCUGCACCAACGAGGGGAUAACUCACCGUGUUAGCUUCGAUGUCACCAAGUUUGGGAAGAUAAGGUGGCAGGCCACAAAGCGGCUAACCUACGGUGCAUUGGUUUGCUUGUCCAAUGAUGACUUCAAGACGGUAAUUGUCUUUGCAACAGUCGCCAACAGGAAACCAGAGCACCUGCAAGAGGGUUUGGUAGACUUAAGAUUUCAAGACAUGGGGCAGCUUGCAGAUAUUAAAUCCUCAGAUAAGUUCAUCAUGGCCGAGUCCUCUGCUUACUUUGAGGCUUACCGUCAUGUCUUGGAGGGUCUUCAAGAAGUAAGAGGCAACAGCCUACCACUGCAACGCUACAUCAUUGACGUCUCCAGCGAUGUGAAUCCCCCGCGGUAUCUUCACAGAAACAGAGCUGCAACCUAUGACCUGUCACCAUUGACAGCUGAAAGUCCGGAGGAAGAAGUUGUCUUGGGGCUUCGCAGUCUAAAUUUGAGGAGGACAAAUCCUCGAGCAAAGGCUGUGCAGGUUCUGAGUGAAGCAAGCUGGCCACGAGCAGAUGUUUUGCAGUUCGAUGAAUCACAGAUGGAAGCGGUUCGGGCAGCUCUCACGCAGGAAAUAGCCGUCAUUCAGGGGCCGCCUGGUACAGGUAAAACAUACAUCGGCCUGAAGAUUGUGCGGGCUCUGUUGCACAACAUGUCUGUGUGGAACGAGGAAGAAGAUGAGAGUCCAAUCCUAGUGGUUUGCUAUACAAACCACGCCCUUGAUCAAUUUCUUGAAGGCAUAUUAGAGUUCAAUCAAAACAUCGUCCGGGUCGGAGGAAGGAGUAACAGCGAGGACAUGAAGAACAAGAAUCUGAACUUCUUAAAGAGAGAGGAGCGCCGGCGCAGGAAAGUCCAGGUAGCAAUUCAUCGUCGAACAACAGAGGUGCUAAGGGAAAUGUACACUCUUCGCCAGCACAUGGAGGCAUCUCAACAUAAAGUAGAGAAAAGUAUGAAUGGGAUAAUCAGUGAAUUGUACCUGGAACAGUUUAUGACGAAAGAUCACUACGCAACUCUCAUGGUUGACUUGGGUUAUCCACUUCAGUCGUCUCGUAUAUUAGAAUGGUUGGGUGUAGGUGGUGGUAACUUUCGUGUUGCAGGGAAUGAUCAAGGUCUAGCUGCUGCUGCUGCGAUGUGGCAAACAGAACCAGAUGAAGCGGAGCAACAAGAAGAUGAUGAGAUAGAAGUAGAUGAAGAGGCAGACAUCUUAGCUGAGCAACGGAUUCUUGAUGAUGACGAUGAUGACCUCUUCAACUUAGAUCAGGACGCCCCGCAAGAAAAUCACGUGGUCCUUGAUUUAAAUGAUCUUGACAGGGAAGAAGGUAACGUCAUCAAUCCAGAACAGUGGCAGUACCAGAGCAAACAAAAGAAGAGGAUGAAGAGAAUGCUUCAACAUAAUCUUCGCAAACCUGACAGAAUGACAAAAGAACAAGCUGAAAGAAUUCAUAAUGUGUGGACAGUGAGACUUAUUGAAGACAGAUGGCAGCUUUACCGCUACUGGGUGUCGGAGUACUGCAGCUCGGAGCGCAGAAGGAUGGAAGUGAUUCAAGGGAAAUAUGAAAAUCUCUCCCAGGAACUAAGGGAGGUUCGAGUAGAGGAGGACCUGGCAAUUCUCCGUCGUGCUAAUGUUAUCGGUAUGACAACAACAGGAGCUGCAAAGCACAGGAAUGUUCUCCAUCGUGUUGGCCCUAAGAUUGUGGUUGUUGAGGAGGCAGCUGAAGUCUUGGAAUCACAUAUUAUAACGACACUGAGUGCGGAAUGUCAGCAUCUUAUACUCAUAGGUGAUCACCAGCAACUGAGACCCAACCCAACUGUCUACCGGCUGGCGAAAGACUUCAACCUUGACAUUUCACUUUUUGAGAGGAUGCUUAAAAAUGGUGUCCCCUGUAAGACACUAGUUGAGCAGCACCGAAUGCGCCCUGAGAUCUCGUCAAUAAUGAAAAACCACUUCUACUCAAAUCUUCUUGACCAUGGCGUUGUCAAAAAUUAUCCCAAGGUUGCAGGAGUCAGAUCUGAUGUGUUUUUCUUGGACCAUGAUAUUGCCGAGCAGCAUGUGGAUGACUCGAUGAGCAAGUCGAACCUACACGAGGCUGACUUCUUGGCAGCUUUCUGCAAGUACAUUAUACAGCAGGGGCAGUACCAACCAUCGCAGAUCACUAUCCUAACUACGUAUGUUGGUCAACUCUUUAACUUCAGAAAGCUCUUGAAACGUUCUGUGUUUAGUGGUGUGCGGGUCUGUGCAGUCGACAACUUCCAAGGAGAAGAAAAUGACAUCAUCUUGUUAUCUUUGGUCCGUAGCAAUCAGGAAGGUCAAAUUGGUUUUCUGAAGGUAUCUAACCGAAUGUGCGUGGCGUUGUCCAGAGCCAGACAUGGCUUUUAUUGUAUAGGCAAUUUUCAAGCUCUUGCUCAUGGGAGUGCACUUUGGAGUGAUAUCGUUCAUGAAGUAACAACUAAAGGAAUACUGGGGAAACACUUGGAAUUGGUUUGUCAUAAUCACCCUGAGAAAAUGUCCCGGGUACGCAUGAAGGAAGACUUUUUGAACGUUGCUGAGGGAGGUUGCAACAAGCCCUGCGAGUACCGACUCAACUGUGGUCACAGUUGCACCAUGUUAUGCCAUCCGACCGAUCUCGACCACAAAGAAUUCAAGUGUAUGAAGUCCUGUAAUAAGGUACUGAUUUGUGGACAUAAAUGUGAUCAGCUAUGCUUCAAUAACUGUGGCAAAUGCAAUACCAAAGUAAACAAGACGUUACCAUGCGGGCAUCAGAAGAAGAUUCCGUGCUAUCAGAAUCCAGACUCGGCCACUUGCAAAGAACAAUGCACCGAAAGACUUGCCUGUGGACACAUAUGCCAGAAGUUAUGCGGCCAAGAGUGUACUGUCCUCUGUGUUAAAACUACCUUUCGCAGCAACUGGCCUUGUAAACACAUGGUGGGCGUAAAAUGCAGCGAUGGUCCGGAGGACUGUCCAGAGCCAUGCACAGCUGUGCUGAAAUGUUCUCACGUGUGUACGGGCACUUGCGGCUCCUGCACACGAGGUCGGCUGCAUAAGCAAUGCUCUAAGAGUUGCGGUCGCACUUUAGUCUGCGGGCAUGCAUGUGAUGCCCUGUGCACGAAAAACUGCCCUCCAUGCAACAAGAAGUGUCAUAAUAGGUGUGUCCAUAGUAUAUGCCCAAAUCGCUGUGGCGAACCAUGCAAGCCUUGUCAGGAGCCAUGUGCCUGGCAAUGUCGCCACCACGAGUGUCGCAAGAAAUGCAGCGAGGUUUGUGACAGGCUACCAUGCAACAUUCCUUGUAAUAAGAGGCUCAAGUGCGGUCACCCUUGUAUUGGUCUUUGUGGGGAGCCAUGUCCAAAGAAAUGUCGUGAAUGUGACAGAGAAGAGGUGACAACUGUUGUGUUUGGACCGGAAGACGAACCAGAUGCUCGAUUUGUUGAGCUUGAAGAUUGUAAACACAUCGUGGAAGUGGGAAGUCUUGACCAUUGGAUGAGUUUACAGACUGAGAAAGGUCAGAUAAAGUUAAAGGUUUGUCCGCUUUGCAAAACUCCAAUUCGGCGCAAUCUGCGCUACGGUAGCAUCGUAAACGCUGUACUCAAUGACAUAGAAACCGUCAAGGCUCGUAUGUUUGGGGACAGAGUGGCCAUUGCAACCAAACGACGGCAGGUAGCUCGCAGUGUUUUUCAACAGAGAAGCUCUAUACCAAACGGGGUCGCCGAUGACUUUAAAGAGCAGAUGGAAUCCCAGCUAAGCCUUGGGGAACUGACCUGCAUUGAGAACAAGUUAAAUAUCCUGGUUGCCAUAGAAAAGGCAAAGAAAAGAGCAGAGGAUACAGAUUGCAGGUUCGAAAAGGAGAAAAAGCAAAUGAAACAAGACCUCGUGCAAUUGCAGUAUUGGCUGCUGAAACCUCGCAUGUAUCUCAGCGAUCAAGAGUUAGAUGAUUGCAGCAACGAAGAACAUCGCCUCUCACUGUGUCUUAGUCUGUUCCAAGUUAAAAGCAGGCUCCCACCUUCAGAGUUAAAGAGUGCAACCUUAAAGAUUGCCGAAGAUUUACUGUUGGGCGGAAGGGCUUUGGAGGAGAACAGCAGGAAGACUGUGCGAACUUUUUUGAACGAGUUGAAGAGAAAACAUACUCCUCUGUGCAUAUCAGACGAAGAGCGAGUGAUGAUCUUAAAAGCUAUGGAUCUUACGAAAGGCCACUGGUUCAAGUGUCCCAAUGGUCACGUUUACGCGAUUGGAGAAUGUGGCGGGGCUACUGAGGAAUCCACCUGUCCCGAUUGCGGUGCAAACAUUGGGGGUCUCGGCCAUCGACUGGACUCGAGAAAUGCACUGGCGUCUGAAAUGGACGGGGCUACGCAUCCAUCGUUUGGAACAGUUGCUAACAACAUGAACAAUUUCGACCUGCUCAACGUUCCUGAUGAUAUCUAGCUAAGCCAAAAUAAGUGCUCCUCAUCUUGUUGGAGAUCUAUGCGAGGGACAAAGACUGAUGUUUAGUAUUAAAAUGAAUGUUUUGGAGUGAACUUUUGAGUUAAUAAGAAUUUAUAGUUUAAAACAGACAUCACUUCAUUCAGUGGUUUUGUAAUUGGAGCCAUCUGUUAUCUCAAUCAUAUUAAAAAUGUAGAUAGAUAGACUAUAAAACUAACGUGUGGAAAUUUCAAUACAAAAUAGCGUUGUUUAGAUUAUGCCGAAAAUGUGGAGGACACAAUCUGAGAAACGUUUUUGUCAGAAGCGCUUCUCGGAGUUGAAUUGAUUUUGAUAAAAACUUAUAAAUAUUUUGUUUCCAUAACGGUAACCUCUUUUUGUUUGUUUCUCAAAACGCUACUGUACUUUGUACCAAGUCAAUUUAUAUUGCCAUUACUUUAAUGAGUAAUUACCAAACGUAUACAGAGACUUUUUUUACAAACCUGGUAUAAACCUAAAUGUUUGAAAUGUAGAGGAAGACUGAGCUCCGUAAUUGAUGGUUUAUCGAAGCUUUUGUAUUUCCUUCCUCCAUGAUUGAAGAAAUUAAUGAUUUCAUUGGUUACAAUUGCAUCCAAUCAGUUAUCAAAAUUUGACGGAGCCAUGUUUUUUUCAUGAAGUACCACGUUUGCAGUAAACAGUUUUAACUUUGUUUCUUUAAAAAUAAUAAUGUUUCAGUAUGUUUAAGUUUAUACAACGGUCUGAUUUUUAUUGACAAUGUCUGUAAGAUAGAGGAUUUGUCGAGGUUGAAAGCAAUUAUAUACCUUUUUCUAACCAUACUCGGUUUGGAAAAGAUGGAACAAAAAUCGCCUGUCAAUCUCAUAAUUUUAAUAUCAAAACGAGCCUCGUGUCAGUCGGCAUUUGUGGGACGUAUUAUAGCAUACUCGUAAGUGCAUGUUACUCACCCUUUUCCAUAAAAACUAAAGGGGAGGUGUAUAUUUUAGUAAUGUGUACAAAAUGUUAUUAUCUUUAAUGCUAACCCUGUUUCAUGUGAAGAUAAUGACAAUUACAUGCAAAGGUCGUGAAACAGAGACUCUUUACGUGUCUGCUGAUUGGUGACGCGGUCACAGUUAACAAUUUUUAGCAAUCAUUUUUUCAAUUUCAAAGAGCUACGAACGAUCUUUUAACUGCCAAUCUAUCUUAAUUGCUAAGCAAAUUGUGAUGUCACCAUCAUUAUUUAUAGCAUUGUUGACAACUUAUCUUAAGAUGAACUCUCUGUGGCUUCCAGACCGAAUAAUUUUCGUUGAUGGAAAUUCGAAGCACA